AUGUCGGUCCCAAGCUCACUCAUGAAGCAACCGCCUAUUCAGUCAAUGGCUGGGGCCGUCCCUGUUCGCAAUGAGAAAGGUGAGAUUUCGGUGGAAAAAGUGAAGGUAAAACGUUAUGUGUCGGGAAAGAGGCCAGACUAUGCCCCUAUGGAGUCUUCAGAUGAGGAGGAUGAAGAGUUUCAGUUCAUUAAGAAAGCCAAAGAACAAGAAGCAGAGCCUGAGGAACAGGAGGAGGAUUCAUCUAGUGACCCUCGGCUGCGGCGUUUGCAGAACCGUGUUAGUGAAGAUGUGGAGGAGAGGUUGGCUCGACACCGGAAAAUAAUGGAACCUGAAGUGGUUGGAGAAAAGGAGAUAGAACGGCGCCGUGGCAUGAUGCGCCAAAGAGCACAGGAGAGAAAAAAUGAAGAGCUGGAAGUCAUGGAGGUGGAAGACGAGGGACGUUCUGGGGAGGAGUCCGAAUCAGAGCCUGAGUAUGAGGAGGACACAGACAGUGAGGAUGAGAUGGAGCCUCGCCUUAAGCCAGUCUUCAUGCGGAAGAAGGACCGGGUGACGGUUCAAGAACGUGAGGCUGAAGCAUUGAAACAGAAGGAGCUAGAGCAGGAGGCCAAACAUAGGGCUGAGGAGAGACGCAAGUGCACACUCGAGAUUGUAGAGGAGGAAACCAAGAAAGAGCCGGAGGAGAACAAGCGGUCUCUGGCUGCCCUGGACGCACUCAAUACUGAUGAUGAAAAUGAUGAGGAGGAAUGUGAGGCCUGGAACGUUUGGGAGUUAAAGAGAAUCAAGAGGGACAGAGAAGACAGAGAAGCACUUGAGAAGGAGAAAGCAGAAAUUGAACGAAUGAGAAACCUAACUCAGGAAGAGAGGCGAGCUGAGCUUCGGGCAAAUGGCAAAGUCAUCACCAACAAAGCUGUUAAGGGCAAAUACAAGUUCCUGCAGAAGUAUUAUCACCGGGGUGCCUUCUUCAUGGUUGACGAUGAAGAAGUAUACAAGAGAGAUUUCAGCGCACCUACCCUGGAGGAUAAUUUCAACAAAACCAUUCUUCCCAAAGUCAUGCAGGUCAAGAACUUUGGACGCUCUGGUCAUACCAAAUACACCCACCUCGUGGAUCAAGACACCACCUCCUUUGACUCAGCAUGGGGCCAAGAGAGUGCCCAAAAUACAAAGUUCUUUAAACAAAAGGCAGCCGGGGUACGAGAUGUAUUUGAACGACCAUCUGUCAAGAAGCGGAAAACUACUUAG